UCAAAGCUUUGGCAGCAUUGUUCAAUUGCGAAUAUCAGCUGAUUUUUUUAUAUCGAAUCCAACACAAACAAAAGCUCCGCUCAUGUCAUUUGUAAAUACAAAUUCAUUCAAAAUUUUGCAAAAGAGUUGGUCUUUUCUAACUAAAACUCCUAAAAACUUUUUAUUAAAUAAACCGUUAACAACAAAUAGACAUCUCAUUCGAUUUUUGCGUUGUGAUUAUUCAACGCGAGGUGCAAAAAUGAAAUUUCUUAAUCAAACCGAAGCAAUUGCAGUAGAUCAGGAGCUUUUCAAUGAAUAUAAAUUUAGCGUUGAUCAGUUAAUGGAAUUGGCGGGUUUAAGUUGCGCGCAUGCAAUAGCAGAAUGUUUCCCGGCUGAUUGUUAUAAACGUGUUUUGAUCUGUUGUGGACCGGGCAACAAUGGUGGCGAUGGUUUAGUUUGUGCUCGUCAUUUAUCUCUAAUGGACUAUGUACCCUGUAUAUACUAUCCAAAGCCGACACCAAGAGAAUUAUACGAAAAUCUCACACAUCAGUGCAAAAAAAUGGAUAUUGGUUUUCUGGGUUGUUGUCCAACGCUAGAGCAAGCAGAGGCAGAUUAUGAUUUGAUAGUGGAUGCUUUAUUUGGUUUCAGUUUUAAGCCACCAGUGCGUGAGGAUUUUGUACCUAUUAUCAGUGUACUGCAAGAUACAAAAAUACCAAUUGCAAGUAUUGAUAUACCGAGUGGCUGGCAUGUGGAGGAUGGAAAGACGGAUGAUUGUGACUUUGAACCGCACUUAUUGAUAUCACUGACAGCUCCAAAAAUUUGUGCUAAACAUUUCAAAGGCGAAUAUCAUUACUUAGGUGGACGUUUUGUGCCUAAUGCUCUGCAAGAGAAAUAUGAACUUAAUUUACCGAAAUAUCCAGGAAACGACUUGUGUGUUAAAUUAUAAAAAAUCUGUCUGCUCAAGCAUUUUUUGAAAAUGGGAAAUAAAUAUGUUUUAUAUGUAGUAUAAGAAAAUAAUAUUGCAUAUUCCGAGCGAUUUAAUAAUGACUCUGCGCUUACCGCAGACCUGAAAGG